UCCUCUUGUCCACUGGUUAGCAGCUCAAGGCUACAUUAGCCACUACUAACACUCACAAAUCUCAGACUGAACUAUGUGCAGAUGAGCUGCACUGUGGGUAAUGUAGAAAGAACUUAGGGAGAAUUAGAGCUGAAAAACAUGUAACACCAUUCCUUCCUCUCGUCGAAUCCCAAACCCUUUCCUUCCAUCCCAUCUUUCUUCAGGACUAGAGAAACAGAGACAAGGACACGGGAACACACAGUUUGUCACAGAGGAAACUCACCAACCAGCUGACUUCCUGAUAUCACUGCUGCUGCUGUCUAUGAGCUGCACUGAGGCAGAGGAGUGGACUUUCCAACAAUCCUGACACAAGGAAAAACCCUGUUGAAGCUACACCAGCAGCAGCAGACACCAUGUCUUCUCCAUCCCUCCCCAUGCCCUCUCUCCCCCCAAGCCCUCUUGCCAUGGAGUACCUAAACGACUUCGACCUGCUCAAGUUCGAGGUGAAACCUGACACUCCUCCACUCCCUCCACCAUGUUCAUAUCCCAAAUCUGGCCUCUCCCAUGACCCCUCCAGUUCUCCUUACACCAGCCAGGCUCCUCAGGACUCCAGUUUGAGCUCCAGCCCUUACAACUCGCUACCACCCUCGCCGACGCUCAGCGACGCACACCCACCACCUUCAGGCUCUUCCUCCCUCUCUUCGUCAUCCUCCUCCAUCUCCUUCCCCCUCUCCGUCUCCAACAGCUUCGCCUCCACCAUCAGCUCUGGUUCUCAGGGGAACGUGGAGGGCAGCCCAGCCCACGGUGGGCCUCAGGGUCCUACCCCUGCCUCCCUGGAGGACUUGAUCUGGCUGGCUGCACUGCAACAACAGUUUGGAGGUGAGGUGACAGGCCCCGCCACUUUGCUUGGAGCCUUGGGAGGAGUACCAGAGCGAGGGGACAGGGAGAGGGGCCCGGUCAAUGGCUUUCUUGGCUGUGAGGAUGCUGUGGAGGCUUUACUAAACUCAGCUGCUGCAGCUGUGAGCUCACAGUUUCCAGGUCUGUCUCAGAGUUCUAGCAGCAACCUGGGAGACUCUGGCAGCGACAGCGGAGGUGACAUCUCCUGCGCCAAAGGGACAGACGUGUGCCAUCGCCCGCUUGUCUUCCUCUCAUCAGCCCCUCCCUCACUCCCAAAUGCCAACCCCGCCUCGGCACCCUACCCACAACCCCUCAGCCCCCAGGGUCGCCUUCAUCACCACCAGCAUCACCAUCAUCAGCACCACCCACACCACCCCAUGCAUGGCAGCCAUCACCAUCAUCACCACCCACAAAUUAAUCAGGUACGUGGGUGUGGUGUGAACGAGCGCUUCUCUGAUGAGCAGCUGGUGAGCCUGUCGGUGCGGGAGCUGAACAGGCACCUGCGUGGUGUGAGUAAAGAUGAGGUGGUGCGUUUGAAGCAGAAACGCCGCACGCUAAAGAACCGAGGCUAUGCACAGUCCUGCCGCUACAAGCGCUUACAGCACCGCCAUGCUCUGGAGUCAGAGAAGCAUGUGCUUACACAGCAGUUGGAACAGCUACAGUGUGAGCUGACUCGAGUGCUGAGGGAGCGAGAUGCCUACAAGGCUCGCUACGAGAAGCUCCUCAGCACGAACCAUGGAAUCACCGGUGGCGACGCCCCACCAACCCGCACUAGCAACCCCCCUUCCCCACCCCCUGACUACUUCCUCUGAGUUGGACCCUCGGGGAGAGGAAGGAGAAGCAGGACGAGAAUACAGAGGAAUGAGUAAUAACAUCAGCCAGCAUGGAGCAAUCAAUGAUGAGUAAUCAGACUUGGGGGAAAACACCAAGGAUGUGUCUAUGUGUGUGCAUGUGUGUGUGUGUGUGUGUGUGUGUGUUUGUGUGUGAGAGAGAAAGUGAAAGAAAGACACUGGCAGGCAACAACUGUGAAAUCCUCCCUUGAAUGAUUAAAGGGGAAUUGACUGUUAACUCACAGGGUUAGACUCAACUCUAGGCUGCUUCAUGGACUUCAUUUUAACUUCACUGUGAAUGAUGAUUGCACAAAAACCUGUUGAGAGGUCUUUGAGGUCUUUUGCUUGUGAUAUCAGAGCAACAGUGGACAAAAAGGCUAUGAUAACAGAUGAAUAAAAAGCUUCAUCUUGGAUUUAAACUUAUCAGUAGGCCCAUACACUGCUUAGAAUAUUAUCUAUGCAAUAUUAAAUAGCUGCAAUGUACUUUCCAAAAAAGUGGUUGAGGCUCAAACUGUAGUUGUGUUUUUUUUUUGUUUGUUUUUUUUUAUAUUAAGCUGCUAAAGCUGCAGAGGUCUGAGUAGUGCAGUGGUGCUGGAGUGAUAUGGGCUUGGAUGAAGUAUCCACAGCAUGCAGUUGUAUUUGCCAGCUAAUAUUUCACAGUUGCCUACCAAAGUGUUUAAGCUCACCACGACUUGUUAUUCUUUGUAAGAUCAACAAUCAUAGAUUAAAGAAUGUACAAGAAUACCUUUCAUGGGAAUCUUCCAGUGACUGUGCUAAAUGAAUAAUGGGGAUAUUGCGUUUGCUAGUCAGAAAUGGUUACUUUCAACCAUUGAACAGCAACAUGAACGACUUGCUGUUUGCUCUCACAAAAUGGGUUUUUACGUGCAGAGAAGUGGCGCUAGUAGUGUGUUUAACUAAAGCGACUGCAUAUGUUGAAAGAGAGAAAGAAACCCAUUGCAGCAGGCGAGAAAAAGUGUGGCAUGAUUUGUGUGGCUGUGUCCAGUUCUCCAGACUAGAAAAGCUAUUUUUGGGCAGACUGAACACCUCUGCAACAGGGACGAUCACCAAAUUCAUGCAACAUGCGGCACCACAGAGCUGGUCACUGUGGGCUCAGUUACUGUGGGCUACGGGUGCAACAGGGAAAUUAAUGGUGCAGGGAUUUAAAAAAAAUGCAAAAAACGAUACAUAUAUAUCUUCAUGGAGACACCUUCUUAAAUGUCCCAUGAGGUCAUUGAUAGGUUUCAUGCAUUAGAGCUAUUAGUUUUUGUUUGGGUGUAGGUUAAAUAAAUUGUUCUUUUAUUUAUUCACUUAUUUAUUCAGUAUUUAUUGUUUAUUUAUGUACUGAUUCUAAUUAUUUUACUUUACUGGUUUUAUUCCAUUAGUGUGUAUUUUUACUUUCCUACAGUUUAUUAUUUUAUCCAACUGUGAUUAGAAUUAACAUAAUUACAAAAAUGAUGGCCAUUAUCAUGGUUUCCUGCUCCUGUUGUAGUGUGGUUUCAUAUGCGUAUGAAAUAAACAAAGUACUUUG